UUAAACCUCUCUCCGACCUCUUCCUCUGCCUGUUUGGGUUAGAUGUGGAGACCUGACGUGUCACCUGACAUCUACCGUACCCUGAACGCACCACGAUGACGCACGUGGCUUCGCUCUUCAUUUUAGCGUCAUCCCUGACGUGGAUGUCAGCAGAAGCCUCCAUCCUCUGUGUUUGGACCAAAGUUCUGCCCAGUGGAGAUGUUCACAGCAGCUUCCUGCGGCAGGACUCGCUCUCUGUGCGGCUCUACCACAGCGUCUGGUCCCGGGAACAAACUCUGCAAAACUGCGCGUGGAGCGACCAGACGUCUGUGAUCGACAACUACCUGUCAGCCUGUCGGCAGCGCAGCCAGGACUUCAGUGAUCACCUGCAGCUGCAGCUGAAGUUGGAGCUGGACUCCGUUUCUGAGGCGGACUGUGACUCUGUUGACUCCUCCAGGACGGAGACGGCCGGGUGGUUCACUCAGAAAAGGUCUGUGAGGAGCGCUGGUGAGAGACUCCCAGCUGGAAAUAGCCAGGGUCAAGAUGGACGGUCAGAGGUCAGGGGUCAUUCGCGGUGGAAGCGAGGUUUUAUUGUACCCGGGACUCUGUGGUGCGGUUCAGGCAACAAGGCGCUUUCAUUUACUGAUCUGGGAGUGUUUGCAGACACCGACAGCUGCUGUCGAGAACAUGACCAGUGCAAACACACCAUCCUGUCCUUUCACUCACAGUUUGGAGUUUUCAACCGAAACAUCUUCACCAUGUCUCACUGUGACUGUGACAACAAAUUCCGUCAGUGUCUGAGAGACGCCGACGACAGUAUCUCUGACGCCGUGGGUUACACCUUCUUCAACCUGCUGAAAAUGCACUGCUUUGAGUUCUCACACCAGCUGCAGUGCACACUGAGAAACUGGUUUGGAAUGUGCAAAGAGACGAAGCAGGCUCUGUAUGCUGAGGUCCACCCGCCCACGCUGUAUGAAUCGACCAAUCCCACGGGGACAGUCGUGAACGUCACCAGCCCACUCCUCAACACUACAGCACCUACAGCACCAGUGCAGAGUCCCACAGCAGACCCUCGGCUUCUCCCCAUCACUGCUGCUACACCGUCGACUGUCUCACCAGCGCUGACAACAACGCCCUCUAUCGACACAGACGCGCAAAUGACACAAUCGCUGCCUGAGACACUGAAGACUGAAAUGAGUGCCGACACGAAAGAGCUGCGUCGAUCGUGUGCUAUUUACAAAGGUCUGGAUGAAUGCACCGACGUGAUUCUUCCACAGCAGACCAAGUACGGCCUUCACAACCCCGAGACCAGGACAAUUUACCACUGCAACUGCACUGCCAGAUUAUUCCAGACGUUGGUUAAACAGAGGCAGCUGACCAAAGUACAAGCUCAUCUGUUUGUACAUGUGUCGCCAUCUUGCGUCCUUCCACAGGACUGCACUGCCGACGCAACUUGUACAGCCACCCUGGUGAGGGCGGACCUUCCUCAGCACAGCCGGAGAAAUGACACAGGCGUGGAUGCGCAGCGCCCUCUAGAGGCGUUGACGUCGCAGGACAGACGGCCAAACAGCAGAAGAACAAGAAGGAAAGGCCGAGGUAUGAAACUUCACAGACUGUGUCUCAGGAUGCUGCGGCCCAAGGAGGUGAAAAGGACCAGUGGAAAAAGUCCAAGUGUUUAAUGGAUGACUGAAGUACUGUUAAAUAAUACCAACAUGACCCUCAACAUAUGGAAUACACUAUAUAUUUAAUGUCUUAACAUUAAAAUAGAGCUGUUGUGCAAUAGAUGAUUUUAUGGUUUUUAUUUUUAUUUUGAAGAAACUGAAGUUCAUUUUCUAACCUUUUUAUUUAACCGCCUUUUAAAGCCAACAUUAAAUUAAAGAUACUGUACAUAAUACUCUUUAAACCUGGAUU